AUGGCGAGAUCGAAGUCGCAGUUUGCGGGGUUCCCGCUCGGCUUGUUCCACUUCUUGGAAGAGCUCUCUCGCAACAACCACAAGCCGUGGUUCGACGCCAACAAAGAGCGCUACGAGCGCGACGUGCGGACACCCGCCCUGGCCUUCAUCACCGCGAUGGAGAGACCACUCCGGGCGAUCUCGCCACACUUCACCGCCGUGCCGAAGAAGGUGGGCGGCUCGCUGAUGCGGAUCCACCGCGACGUCCGCUUCGGCAAGGACAAGACGCCGUACAAGACGAACGUCGGCAUCCAGUUCCGGCAUGAGUCGGGCAAGGACGUCCACUGCCCCGGGUUCUACGUCCACAUCGCCCUCGACGAGUGCUUCCUGGGGGCCGGCAUCUGGCGGCCCUGCACGCCGACUCUCACGGCGAUCCGAGAACGGAUCGACGAGGAGCCUUCCCGGUGGAAGCGGGCCCGCGACGGGAAGCGGUUCCGGGAGGUCUGGGCGCCUUCGGGCGACUCGCUAAAGCGGCCGCCCCGCGGCUACGACGCCGAGCACCCGAUGAUCGAGGACCUCAAGCGGAAGGACCACAUCGCCGUGGCGGACCUCGACCACGACGACCUGAUGGCCACGGACGUGGUCGACCGGAUCGCCGACGCGUUCAAACGGUCGAAGGCCUACACUACGCUCCGCGUUCAUUUUCGCGGCCUCCCGCGGCCGCCAACCGUACGCGCCGAGUCCGCGCGGCGGUCCACCAGACAGCGAAUCUUCGGCUCGCUCCCCCGCGAGCCGCCACCCGGUUUUCGGGAGCCGGCCCCCAGGCUCGUCACGCCAACGGCGACUCUCGCCGUCCCGCCCGCUCCCCGCCUCCGCAGUAAACAGGAUACGAACAACACGAUGGCUAAGAAGAAGCCCGCCGCUGGCAAGAUGGUUUACUACUUCGGCAAGACCAAGACCGAAGGCGACGGGUCGAUGAAGACCCUGAUCGGCGGCAAGGGCGCCAACCUGGCGGAGAUGACCUCGAUCGGCCUGCCGGUCCCGGCCGGCUUCACGAUCACGACCGAGUGUUGCGCCCUCUACAACAAGGCGGGCGGCAAGCUGCCCAAGGGCCUGAUGGACGAGGUCGGCGCCGCGGUCAAGACGCUCGAGAAGGAGGCCGGCAAGAAAUUCGGCGACACCAAGAACCCGCUGCUGAUGUCGGUCCGCUCGGGCGCGGCGGUCUCGAUGCCCGGCAUGAUGAACACGAUCCUCAACCUGGGGCUCAACGACGAGUCGGUCGCCGGCUUGGCGAACGCCACGGGCAACGAACGGUUCGCCUACGACGCCUACCGUCGGUUGAUCAACAUGUACGGCGAUGUCGUCAUGGAGGUCCACCACGAGUACUUCGAGGAGGCCUUCUCGAAGAUCAAGACGAAGUACGGCGCCGCGGAGGACAACGACGUCCCGACGAAGGGCCUCAUCGAGCUCUGCGACGCGUACAAGAAGGUCUACAAGAAGCACACGAAGCAGGACUUUCCGCAGGACCCGCUCAAGCAGCUCGCGCUGGCGGUCGAGGCGGUCUUCAAGAGCUGGAUGUCCGACAAGGCGAUCAGCUACCGCCGCAUCGAGGGCAUCACCGGCCUGGCCGGCACCGCGGUGAACGUCCAGUCGAUGGUCUUCGGCAACAUGGGCGACGACUCGGGCACCGGCGUCGCCUUCACGCGAAACCCGUCGACCGGUGAGAACAAGUUCUACGGCGAGUUCCUCGUGAACGCGCAGGGCGAGGACGUCGUCGCCGGCAUCCGCACGCCGCAGCCCGUGGCCGAGAUGCCCAAGUGGAAGUGCGACGCCGACAAAACGAUUGGCAAGAAGGUCCACGCCGAGCUGAUGAAGAUCAAGACGAAGCUCGAGAAGCACUACAAGGACGUGCAGGACAUCGAGUUCACGAUCGAGAAGGGCAAGCUCUACAUGCUGCAGACCCGCAACGGCAAGCGGACGGGCAUGGCCGCCGUGCGGAUUGCGUGCGAGAUGGUCAAGGAGAAGCUCAUCUCCGAGAAGACGGGGGUGAUGCGUGUGCCGGCCGGCGACCUGACGCAGCUCUUGCUGCCGUCGUUCGACCCCGCCGCGAAGAAGAAGGCCAGCGCUUUGACGAUCGGCCUGCCCGCCUCGCCGGGCGCGGCGUUCGGCAAGCUCGCGUUCACGGCCGAAGAAGCGGUCGAGCGCUCGCACAACGGCGAGCAGGUGCUGCUGGUCCGCAAGGAGACGAGCCCCGAGGACGUCGACGGCAUGCACUCCGCCGCCGGCAUCCUCACCAGCACCGGCGGCAUGACCAGCCACGCGGCCGUCGUCGCCCGCGGCUGGGGCAAGUGCUGCGUCGCCGGCGCCGGCGAAAUCCAGAUCGACGAGAAGGGCAAGAAGAUCAAGGUCGGCGGCAAGACCUACGGCGUGAAGGACGUGCUGUCGAUCGACGGCUCGACCGGCGAGGUCUUCGCCGGCGAGAUGCCGACCGUCUCGCCGAAGCUGUCGGGCAACUUCGCCACGGUCAUGGGCUGGGCCGACAAGUACCGCAAGCUCGGCGUCCGCACGAACGCCGACUCGCCGGCCGACAGCAAGCGGGCGCGUGACUUCGGCGCCGAGGGCAUCGGCCUCUGCCGCACGGAGCACAUGUUCUUCGAGGGCGACCGCAUCCUCGCGAUGCGGGAGAUGAUCCUGGCCGAGGACAAGUCGGCUCGUGAGAAGGCACUCAAGAAGCUGCUCCCGUUCCAACGGAAGGACUUCGAGGGCAUCUUUAAGGCGAUGAAGGGCCUGCCCGUCACGGUCCGCCUGCUCGACCCGCCGCUGCACGAGUUCGUGCCGCACGACGCGAAGAGCCAGAAGGAACUGUCGGCCGCUACCGGCGUGCCGGCCAAGGAGAUCGCGGCCCGCGUGUCGCAGCUCCACGAAGCGAACCCGAUGCUCGGCCACCGUGGCUGCCGCUUGAGCAUCACCUACCCGGAGAUCCUCGUCAUGCAAGUGACGGCGAUCACCGAGGCGGCGAUCUCCUGCGUCAAGAAGAAGAUCGACGCCAAGCCGGAGAUCAUGAUCCCGCUGGUCGGCACCGUGAAGGAGCUCGCCCUGCUGCGUGAGCUGGCCGAGGAGACGAUCAAGAAGGUCAAGGCCGCCAAGAAGCACACCGGCAAGCUCGACAUCCUGAUCGGCACGAUGAUCGAGAUCCCCCGCGCCGCGCUCACGGCCGACGAGGUCGCCACCGAGGCGGACUUCUUCAGCUUCGGCACGAACGACCUGACGCAGAUGACGUUCGGCUACUCGCGCGACGACGUGAACGGCUUCCUGCCGGACUACAUCGGCCAGGAGAUCCUCGAGAAGGACCCGUUCCAGUCGAUCGACACGUCGGGCGUGGGCCAGCUUGUCGAGACGGCCGUCAGCAAGGGGCAGUCGGUCAACAAGAAGAUCAAGCUCGGCAUCUGCGGCGAGCACGGAGGCGACCCGGCGUCGAUCCAGUUCUGCCACGAGGUCGGGUUGAACUACGUGAGCUGCAGCCCGUUCCGCGUGCCGAUCGCCCGACUGGCGGCGGCGCAGGCGGCUUUGUCGCAAGCGUAG